CACUGGUGCAGCAUAGGAGUCAUACCAAGCAUAGCCUGCGUGUCAGUGCAGUCGACUUACAGCUGGCUGUGAGGAGAACUGACGCUACUCUUUUUUCCACCUCUCUAUCACCGCGAUACGUUUAUUGUACUCAUAUUUCAGAAAAAGUAUCCUAAACUCGGUGUCAAGCCUGUGCGCGGGGUUUUUAUUUUAUUAAAGGGGGGUUUGUAGAAAACUAAAGUUGGAGGCUGGGCCUUUAGCUUUUUGACCGUCGACUUGAGAGAAGAAGAAGAAGAAGAAGAAAAAAAGCUGGUCUUUUUGUGGUGUUGUUGUAAAAACUCGAUAAAUGCUACUAACGAAAAUGGACCUGUUGAACUACCAGUACCUGGACAAGAUGAACAACAACAUUGGCAUUCUCUGCUACGAAGGUGAAGCAGCUUUGAGGGGGGACCCCAGACUCCAAUCCCUGUCUCUGUCAUCAUCCUCUUCCUCAUCAUCAUCCUCUUCAUCAUCGUCGUCCUCAUCUUCCUCCUCCAUCUCCAACCACCGGACAGGUCCUCCUCCCAUCAGCCCCACCAAGAGGAAGCUGAGCGGGGACCAGGGGGACAGCGACAUGGAUGACAACGAGCAUGUGGCAAAGAUGAGCCGACUGUUUGCCACACAGCUGAAACCUAACGGAGACUACCGCAGCUCCCCCAUCUCCAAGGACCGGAGCCGGAGCCCCAUCGAGCGCGUGGUGGUGCCCAGCGCUCUGGGAGUCCACAGCAAUCACCUGUACAGCCAUGCCCACCACCACCACCACCACCUGGCCAGCUUAGCCGGCAUGGACCAGCCACUGGCGCUCACCAAAAACAGCAUGGUGGAGUCUGCACGCAGCAGCACAGCAGCUAUGGCCACAGUGCCGCACACAGUCAGCGCAGUGGAACGCCAGCAGAAUCGUCCUUCAGUGAUCACAUGCGCCCCGGCCAACAACCGUAACUGCAACCUGUCUCACUGUCCAGUGUCCCACAACGGCUGCGCCAGCCUCGCUAACAACUACAGGAGAAUCAACACCAACACAGCCUGCGACCCGGUGAUAGAGGAGCACUUCCGCCGCAGUCUCGGGAAGAACUACAAGGAGCCCGAGCCCACCAACUCUGUGUCCAUCACAGGCUCAGUGGACGACCACUUCGCCAAGGCGCUGGGCGAGACCUGGCUGCAGAUUAAGAACAAGGGGAGUCCCUCGUCGUCCGGCAGCAGCCCAAACUCCUCCCCCGACAGUCACAUGGUCAAUCACAACCACUCCCCUUCUGUGGUCUCCUGAAGGAGGAGGGGUUGAAGAGGGAUUUGCCCCUGUUCCCCCAGCCCUCCCGAUCAUCCUGGCUCCAACACCCAUGUCCUUGUCACUUUGCUCUGUCACCAGCAUCCCAGAGGGAAUGCCUGCCUGCUGGUCUGCUAAGAACAUUUAAACCCUCGAGCCUGCUCUCUCUCUCUAUGCACUCAUAGAGGAUCAAUCAAGCAAUAACAACAUGGCCGUUUCUUUUUCCCCUUCUGUCCUCUGGUGUGGUAACGCCAGAGAAUAAUCAGUAAUGAGUGAUGAGGGUUCGACUUUGGGACUCGACAGGAGCAUCGAGCUGCUCCUUCCAAUCAUUCAUCCUCCCUGCAUGUCCAGCUUGGAGCUGAGCAAGUGUCUGUAGUUAUAUGUACAUAAAGAGAGAGAGGAAAGGCGGUGUUUUAAUUAUUAAUUUUCUUCUUUGUUGUUUUUUUUGUUUGUUUGUUUCUUUAACAGUAGUUUUGUGUUCUGCUUUUGUGUUACGAGAUGCCCGACAUUUGAAAGAAAAGAUAAGUGAGAAACACUUUGGAGAAAAUCAUCACAAACCACCUGACUGUGCUACCAAAGAAACCUCAGACACUGAUGUUUAUCUACGCCCGCCUCGAAAACAACAACAACAACAACAACAAAAAGCCAUCUUGUGAUCUCCCUCUGUUUUCAUCUCUUCUCACCUUCCUUCUCUCUCCCUCUCGCUCCUGUGUAUGUGUUCUGGGGGUUUUGUUACUGUAUGUGUAUACUUGGGUGAUCGACUUGGUCUGAUUUGCACUACUGCCGUAGAGGGUAAAGGGUGGCAUGUCAAUAUGGUAAUCUGGCACUGCACACACUGGGACUGAUAAAGCUGGUUUUGACGCAGUCUGGUUAUAAUCCAUCUUUUGUUGGAACCUCUAUUUGAUCCCAUUUACUGUUUGAAAUUCACCUGGGCGUAACUUUCAUCCUGGCCCUGAUAGAAAAGUACAAGCCACAUUAUGAUGCAUAAUUUUUUGAAUGCAUUUUGGAAAAGUGGAAAAUUCAUACCAGUGCGGCCGGGCAGUGUAAACUGUUAGAGAUAUGCAAAGUAAUAUGGAUUUGGAAACCAAGGCCCAAUCCCAAUCCCCUGGCCCCUACCACUUAGCGUUACUCCUCCAUAUUGCGUGUUCACAUCUAACGGUAGGGUGUCCUGAUUCCUGUAUUUUAAUGUUGUUUUAAUGUAUUAUGGCAACAAAGAAAUUGCUACCAUGCCAAUAUCUUGGUAGCUAACUAGCUUGCUAGCUAAUAUUACAUUGUUAGUGCGUAUUUGUGCAUGACAGUCCUGAAAUCAGACAUAAUUUCAUGUCACUUUCCCCCCUUUUGACGUCAUCUGACCCCGAAAUUUAUCAUAGGUCCAGCUGUGAAGAUGCUGCACUUGUUCUUACUCCUCUAAUAUCAGUGCAGACUGACAGGGCAGCAGCACCGGUUGCUAACGUUAGCUUACAGAGCACUGCUGGUUGCUCACUAAUGAAGCAGUGUUGAUGACUUAUUUGAUGGAUUGAUAGCUGGAAACUUAAAAUGUGAACCAAUUGCGAACAUCCUGACAACUGCAAAAGAAUCCGUGUAGCCUGCGCAAGAAAAAUCACUAUAACAAUAGACUGCAUAUUUGCAAUGCCCGUAAAAAUUAGAAAUGGGAUUGGGCCCUUGUGUUUCAGUAUAAAGUGAAUUUUGUCACAUCACUGCAUGUUGAGUAGAGCCGCUGUUAGGUGGGCGCUAAAAAACAAAAGGCUGCUUGUAUUGCCACCUCUGGCAGCCACUCACUGUCAGGUCUACACUCCUUCACAUGCUUAAAUAGUGCCAAACUGUUGCAUUUCAUUUCACAAGCACAGUCAGAGCAUCAAAUCAGCCGACUGCGGUGUCAAUGGAAGUCAGAGCCAUUAUGAGAGCAGGUCAGGGGCUGAAAACACAGCUGUACGACUUGCAGCGUGUUGCUUACUGAACAAUGAGCUUUGAUGUGUUUCACAGGCUUAACUGCUGACAGCGAUGAGGGGAUAGAUGAAGCUGCAUGUCACUUUGUGGUUGAAAAAAAAAAAAAAGUCUGGUUUCUCGACCGGGGGAGAGAAGAUUAUUCAGAUCUCUUCAAACACGCCUUUGUUUUUGUAUCUCUUUGAACACGGGUGUUGUAAUUAUAUUUGGCUUACACCCUGCGACCCCUCCCUCUCUUACACACUGUGGUUUGGUAGAUCUCUACAAGGUUUGAAGGGUAAACUAAUGCUUUUACACAUGCAUGUUUUUCUUUGUUUUUGUUUUUAAUAGCUGGUAUCUAUUAAUGUUUUUAAGCAUUUCAAUCUUAACUACUAUUAGCCUUUUCAUUCGGACGUUAGAUGUUACUUCAUUUGUUGUCAGUAACAGACAUAGACACUAUACACUCACUGCUGGGUCAGUCGUACUCCAUAUUAUUGUUAUUGUUAUUACAAUUUUGUAUUUUUUGUUUUCCAUUAAUAUCAGUAUGGUAACAAACAUCUAUAGUGGGACAGCCUCCGGACAGGCUCUGUUUAACAAUGAGAGCUGCGUUUUUCAAAACCAUCUCAGCACGGGAAUUGGUGGAGUUUUCAGUGUCGAGUUGGCUUUGGCACACGCAGCCCGUAAAGGUUUUCUUAAGAUGUUGAUCCAUCGGUGGUACAGGAUGCUACAACCUUUAGCAUGAGUGAGCUGAGACACCAAGUCAGCACAGAUUAGUCAGCAGGGCCUCGUUUUCCUGAAAGGCAUCUCAAAGUGGCUUUAUUUUAAGUCUGUUUGGCCGCCAUCUUAAAAUCACCACGCCACCUUUACUCACGUUCUUGCUGCAGUCUGAAAAGUACACAGGCCAGCAUGCUAUGAUGCUUUUGGGAAACAAGGUAUUUAUGGUAAAAGCUAGUGAUGACGGCUCUCAGACAUCUUGUCAACGUUUGAGAGCUGUGAAAAACCAAGCAGCAAUCACAACACUUGAUGAUAAUUAUCUAAAUUCAGACAUUCAUCCUCUGGCUUUUUGUGUCCCGACUUGGUGUCCACGCUUUUUUCUGUCGUUGUACGUCAAUGCUUUCUUUUCUGAACAACAUUGUUUUGUGAUGCAGUUAAGCUAGACUGCUGCAGUCUGAGAAAAUGAGUUCUCUUCUGUUAAAGAGCCUGCGCCACGGUGGCAUACAUUCCUCCUAUAGGGAACUUUGUACAGGCCUCAUACACACUCAACAGACAGAGCUCAUAACCAGCCAGGGCCAACUGUCCCAGAGGUCCCUGCCAACGGGGUUGUUGUACAAGGUGUGUACUUUUUUUUUUUUUUUUUUUUUU